CGCUGACGGUAUUCUAAUCGACAUCGACGUUCAAUCUCUCACGGAAGUUGAACCAGUGUUGACGCAAGAAGCCAAAACUGCCGACAUCAAUGCUUUCUUUGGUGCUACCUUUGAUCAUGCAGGGGCCAAAGGGAAGGUGAAAAAGCACAGAAAGUGCAAGACGUGCCC